GAAAAAAAACAAGUAAAAGAAUUCGUUUGCCGCCUGUUUGUGUGCGGGUCAUUCUCGCAAUCUUGAAACGGUUAUUUUUCUGCGAAAUACUUCCCGAAACCUUCUUAAAAGUGAUUUAUACAAAGUAACUGCGUACUUUACAACGUUCUAGUUGCGGACUGGUUAAGUGCUCACACGAUGGCCGAUGCAACACCCGACGAUCUGUGGACCCCGUACAAAUGUUUGCUGAACAAUGUUGAAAACUAUCUGCUGCCAUCGUCCGAUUUCGCCGAUACGUCGCACGCCGCCAGUUUGGAAGCGCUGCUGCGGAAACACAAGCAAAACUUUAUCUCACUGCUGAAAAAUCCACCCAAGAACGCGAAAUGCCGCGAAGCGAUCAAACAGGGCAUCACCGAGGGUAUCACGCUGCCCGAGUUUGGUCACACCAUCCUGUCCAAAGAGCUGGUCGACGAGAGCAUCAUCAUAUCGGACAUGUUCGACAUGAACGAGUAUGUGGCGCUGGAGCUGUUGUGUACGUCGCAGCAGCAAACGAUAAACCAUCCGGGCUUGACGCGCGGACUGGUGGCGGUGUUGCUGUACUAUGAUGGGCGUAAGUCGCUCGUGGCCAGUUUGAAACAGUUGCUGAAAUCUAGGGCCGGCGUGUCGUGGUGUACGGAUGCACCGCCCGAGGUGACGCAAAUCGUUACCAGCUACACGGAUGGGUUGGUAGCGGACGGGCUGCUCGAACGUAUCGUCGACUUGCUGCAGGAGCUGGACAUUACGAAGGAGCUCGACAUUUUGACCACGAACCGUGCUCUCGGACCGCCCCGGCACCAUCGGCAGGUGUUGGAUUUGUUCGAGGAGAUACGCUUCUUGCUGGCACAGUGCAUUUACUACUAUGCCGCCCAGUCCGGUUUGCCGCGGAACGCCACGAUGAAGUUGGUGCAGUAUCUGCGUAGCUACAAGUGCACCGAAUCGAGCGGUGGUAUCGACGAUGUGACGGUGACACUGCAGAUGGGUUUACUGUACGCACUGGACCUAAGCGUACUGCAGCGACGAGAGGAUGGUGAAGAACUGGUCCGCAAGCUGCCCAUGAUCAAGGACGAUCUUUACAUCGAUUUCCUGAUGGAUGCGCUUUCGAACGGGUGGGAAAACGAUGGCCUGCACGCGUUAACCCUGUUCGCGUUCGGACUGUCGAUUGCAACGCUUCGACUCGCUCCCCAAACGCUCGUCCAAGAUGCAUCGAAAAUGAUCGAUCAGGAUGAGCUGCUCGUGAACGGAGCGCUCCAGGGUAAGGUGUUCGACUUCAUGUACUACACGUUCCUGGAAAGUGAGCUCAUCUUCGACACGGAGUUCUUCUACCGUCGUCUGCACACGAUGUUUGCGGAUUUCAUCGAACUGAUGCACUCGAAGGUGACGGAACUGCGUGGCCGGGCCGAUGAAACGGCCCGAACGGUUCAGGUGUACCAGCAGCAGGGCAUCGAACCACCGACCAACCUCUGUCGGAACUUCGAGAUGCUCCUUCUGUCCGUGGGAAAGCUGUACGCAAACGAUCGGCUGCGCUUGAACCUGAGCAUGGAGUACUGGGGCCCAACGGAGUUUGCGCACACCUUCCAAGGCAACCGCAUCUCAUCGCGAUCGGUGUGCCUGUUUAAGUUCAUCCGGCUAGCGGGAGAGCUGCUGCCACCAACGCUGUUCAUUCCCUACCUCAAGAUGCUGGCCGGGCUCAGCUGUAACCUGCAAGCGGCAAGAAGUGCAUUUAAUCUGCUCAAGCAAGGAAGCGCUUACUCGGGCAGCAGCACAGUGUCCUGGGACCACUUUUUCAACUCCCUCAGCGAGUAUUACUUCAAUCUGCGGCAGGAGCAAAACCCCCAAUCCGAAACGGUGUACCGGAAUCGAAUGAUCUGCCGAAGCAUCAGUCCGCAGGAGCUGCUCGGGUUGCAGGCUGUCCUGCAGGUAGUGCAAGCAGUCGCCCGACACGACGAACUGUCCCGCAUUGCACUGUGCGAAAGCGACAAGUGGGCGCCGCUAAACGUUCUCGUCGGGCUAAUCAGUUGCUCCGUGCCGAUUCAACUGAAGGCGGAAAUCGUUCGCACACUAGCCACACUGGCGGGUAGCCUGGAGAACGCCAUCAAGCUCUGGCACAACCUGGAAGACUCGCAAAUCAUCAACACCGUACCGUCGACGAGCAAUUUCAAAACGCGUGGCGUCAUAUCGGAGCUGGAAGAGGUCGAAAGCCGCAACGAAACGUUCCCGCUUACCCAAGCCAUGCUGGAUUUGCUGUCCGCCCUGAUGAGCACAGCCAUUCCGGACGAUUUGGGCGAAGGAGCGCGAGCUCCCGGCAUUCAUCCCUACCUUUCCUACGUGGUCAAUACCGUGCUGCUGCGACUGUUUAGCCGCAACUACAAGGACGGAGCAGAAAAGUGGCAACUCGCUCAGAAGUGUCUCAAGAUCGUGUACAUGUUUGUGAACAGCUUCAACUUUAAUCCUUCAAACGCAAACCUCAUGAAGGAGCUGAAGGAAGGACGAACGCCACCAGCGUACCGGAUUAUGCUGCAGCUAAACACCAAGUCCGAUCUGCUCCGUUUCAUCCUGCACAUCGUCGACGAGUCGAUCGUUUGCUUCGACUCGUACACACCGUUCCCGGGCAAAGCGUCGCUCGAGGCUGCUUCCCUGCUGUGUCUGCAAAUCAUCGAAAAGGCACUCAAGCUUCAGGAAGAAUUCUUCAACAUGCAUCUCAGCACGCCCAGCCCGGUCAAUCUGAACGGCAUCAACAAACUUCUGCUCGGCGUAAAUCCACGCAGCGGCACCGCAAAUCACAUGCUGAACAUCAUGAAGCACAUUACCUACAGCACCUGGCUGCCGGAGAACAGUCUCGUAUCGCUGCGCAUCCUGUCCAUCAUCAUGACCCUGCCGGACGUUAAUCAGCUCAUACUCGGACUCGUCACCCAGACGGACGAACUGAAGAACGAGAUAAGGCAAGGUUUCGUGGAGUGUCUGGAAGCGGAUUUAAAUGUGACAGAAGAAGCGGAACCGCUGCCGCUGAUGGAGCAGAUGAAUGAGGCCGCCCUGAUACUCGGCACCGGAGCAAUGGAGGAAGACAUUGCGUCCAAAUCUUCCUCUUCCUCGGAAACGUUCCUAACGACAAGCAUCAAGACGGCCGUAAUACAGCUCAUCCAGGAGUGUUUGCAGCAACCGAUUGUGCCAAACCUGGCCCACUACCUGUUGGGAUUCGAUCUGGGCAAGGAUCUCCAGCUGACGAGUUUGCAGCAGCCGGGCAUAAUGAACUUCCCGAGCCAUUGCUCGAAAUCACUCAUCACGCUGUUGGACCGACAUUUAGAGCACCUGAAAUCGGGAAACGUCCUGUCCACCAGCUACAACAAGCUGAUCGAGCACGCGUACCGAUUGCUGUACCAAGUUUGCCGCAACUACCACACCUCGGAGGUGUUUCUGCGCUUCCUUCGCUCGUGUAACGAUUUCCUCUGCCGGCACACAACAUCGCUGCCCUUCCCGGAUGCGAAAAAUCCGUUCCUGCUAAACCAGAUGACGUUCCUGCUGAAGGCGAUCGUCAUCGAGCUGAAGCUGACGAGCGAACGCAACCAGGCGACGCAGUUUGAAACGAUCUGCAAAAUUCUGCUCAAGAUCAUAAACGCUCCAUCGAUCGAGGCGGUAACGACGGGGCUGGGCGACUAUUACACCAACACGAACAUUAGCUUCUCGAUCAAUGCGUCAGCGGACAUGUCGACGACUGCGAUCGCCGCUACGAAGGAGUCGAGUGAGACGGCGAAACGGUUGCUGUGCAUACUGCUCGAUUGUGUGGAUUUUACCAUCAAGCAGCUGGAGGAACCCACGUGGAACUAUUUCAAUGCGGCCGUGCUACACGAGCUGCUGCAAAGCUGUGAAACGCCUGUUUCGCAAAACUCGCGCAUGCGACUGAUCGACACACGGAAAUUGCAUGACAUCUUGAGGGAUGAGCUGGAUUCAAUCCAAACGAUCGCCACUGGGCAACGUGCGCACGUCGUGCAGGAAGUGAAAACGAUCCUCAGGUACGCGUUGCAGCUGAACACGCAGCGCAGCCUGUGUUCGUCCACGAUUAAGUUCCUCGAGGCGUGGGGACAGGUGGCCGAGGUGCUGGUGUGCGUUACCCCAACCAUGAUCAUGUCGCUCGACACGAAGCAGAUCAUCAUCACGGAGCUGCUGCAGAUCAUGCUCAGCAAAGCGGUACCGAAGCAAAUCAUCUCCGAGCUGGCAAAUAUCGCUUCCUCGACCAUCUCGCUGCUGAUGGUGAAUUUGAGAAGCUGCUUUCUGCUGAAAUCGGAACAGAUGUCGCUGCACAUGAUAUCGGAACGGCAUCAGAAUGGAGGUAUGAAUGGGACGAGCGCUAGGAACGGAUUAAACGGCGAGCUGAACAAUAGCGCACAGCACCGGCAGGAAGGAACAUAUGUCUAUCUCGAGCGUGCCAACGCGCUUAGCUUGAAGUUUAUCCUGAAAAACAUUCUCGACUGGCUGCUGAUCAGCAGCGAUGGAUCGCCCCAGCUCAAGAUGAAUCUUUACGUAGCGCUGCUAAACUACAUGUACAUCAUCAAGGGCAACCGGGAGAGUCUGGAGCGUAGCCAGAAGCUGGAAAGCGACAAGGAAGAGGUUGGAUCGUUCUUGAACAAAACCAUCAGCAACGCGGGACGGAAACCGUUCGGUACGGAGACGGAAGAUUACAAGCACCUGACGAUGAUCAUGGACAUUUUCCACUCGUUCGGCGACAAUCUGAUCGAUGUGAUCUGUCAGGACUGUACGACGGGACACGAUAUCUGUAAAAUGUUGGCAAUGUCCUGUCUCGACAUGUUGCUCAGCAUGGACGCGUCGAUCGAUAUAGUGGAGUUUAUCGCACGGCACGGCUAUCUGUCGCACAUCAUUAACAGUUUGCUGAAGAAGGACGGUGAUCUGUGUCGGAUUCUGCAGACCAACCCGAACACGUUCCGGGCGCUGUAUGUGUACGAGUCGAAGAUGGCACUGUUGACGCGCUUUGCUCGCUGCCAGAUCGGCGCACGAAUGCUGCUGGAGGAACACAUCCUUGGGGUGCUGGGCAGCAUGAAGGUGUACGAUCUUCAUCCGGACGUGCAGAUCCUGAACGGUGGAAGCAUCCAGCAGCAGUCGUACGCGUCGGCAAUGGCGGUUGCAGCUGCUGCUGCAUCUGCCUCACUAUCGUCCUCGUUUAUUCCUCCGGUAGAGGCUCGGUUCCAGCAGAUCCUGUUCCCUGCGCUGAACCUGUGCGAUGCGAUCCUCUCGACGCUGGGGCACGAGAAUAACUCGGCGCUCAGUCAGAUCAUUCACUUUUUCCUUUCGCACAGUGACAUGAUCGAGACGGUGCUGCGAGCCGGUUCGCCCAGCAUGAACCUCGGGCUGCUGAAAGAGCUGGCCGGCAUAACGAACCUGAUCGCCCGGUCAGCGAAUCAGGAAAUUUACGAACUAACCGAUCCGAACGCUAACCAAGCGUUCGGCAUGCAGCUGUACCGGAUGCAGAAGUUCAUGCUCGCCCUCCUGCCACGGUUUAUCGUUUCCGAGCAGAACCUGAAGGAGCUGUACCAAAGCAGCAUGAUCGUGCAGCCGUACGGGGCCGGUGGAAUGGGCAUCAGUAGCAGCGUUAACUUUGGCGCCGCGCACAGCAGCAACGCCGCGAAUGGGAACGAUCAAAAGCAACGAUCGCAGUACGUGAAAUACUUCCUCGAGGUGGCAGCUAAUCUUGCCCUGUACACACGCAACUGCAUCUCGAACCAUGUGGUUGAUCAUCGUGCGAUUAAUGUGCUGUUCUCGCCCCACUACAAUCCGGACGGAACGACAACGGGCCCCGGCACAACGCCGACAAAGACAGUCGGCGGAUCGUUGGCGCUGAUGCGCCAGGAAACGUUCCGCUCGGCAACGGAAACAUCGUCGACCGAUGUGCCCCACAGUCUGUACGUGGUGAUAACGCAGCUUCGGUGUACGGUGGAGUUUUAUCACCGGGAGCGCAACACGCUCGAAAGUCUGCAGCAACAGCGCAACUCACUGCCAAGCAUCGAUUUAGAUAAAAAUAUUCAAUUACAAUACAAUGUGCUGACCGAGCGUGUAAAUGCGAAACAGGAAGAGCUGCAGCGCAGUGUGUUCAUUAUCGAGCACUAUCUGUACAUCCUGUGGGCGCAUCUGGACUUUUUCAUGUUGCGCGUUUUGCCCGUCAAUAAUCGCGUCGGAAGCUCCACGUUCACCGGGCACAACUUCCAAACGGAUCAAUCGGAUUCCAGCUGGCGGGUAUCGAACGACGAUAUACUCGCGCUGAAAAAGACCCUCAUCGGCGUGUUUAACGAAACGUUCUGCAAGCAACUGAUCGAAUUGGAAACGAAACAAUCUGAGAAAGGUUUUGUCGCGUCGUUUAUAAGGCGAAUCAAACAAUCCAUACAGUUUGUGCCAGUAAAGUGAGUCGUCGCCCCGGGGUUGGACGUGACGUUGAGUAGCGCAAGGACGAGAGCGAAGGAUCAGCAAAAGUAGUGCGUAAAACUGACCAUUUGAUAAUGAAGUUUUUUUUUCCUAGCCCCGCUGAUAAGAAUCGCCACGAUCAGCGAAAAUUUAUUGGUAUAAGCAAAUAAAAUGUUCGAAUUAUGGAAGUAAUUUCUAAAAUAA